AUCCCAAAUCCCGUAUUCGAACACGUUAGCACUUAACAGCAUUUUGAUCGAGGCUCAAACUUCCAGCGUUUUAUUGGGUAUUUUCUUUUCUGCUCCUUUUUUUACAGUAGAAUAUUGAUUGGUGAUAGUUUUGGUUGCUGAUAACUUAGAAAAUGGAAAAGUUACAAUUUCUGGGUUUUGGAUUCUCUCUUGUGGAUAAAUAGAGAACAGGUUUAAUUGUAUUUUGAAGCAUCAACUUCUUUCAAGCUUUGGAUUAUGAGUAUAAGUAUUGGGCUUCUAAGUUUUGUCUAAAUUUUGGUGUUUUUCAGCUCUUGAUUGUGUUAGUAUUGAAAGCUUAGCUUGAUUAAGUUGGAGGAGUUUUGAUGGUUUUGCAUACAUCUAAAUUAUUGCACUCUUGAAGGGAUCAUGUAAAGUGCUUAUAUGACUAUUGGGUUUUGAUAUUCUCCUGGACUGUUGGAGUUAUUGAGGUCCACGUCUGUUUAAAGUGGAUUAGAAGAACUCAGAGUUGAAGAGGGAUUAGUUGUGAGUGCAAAAUGUAUUGCAAUUUUCUGGAACAUGGAACUGAGUAUGCUAGGCAGGCUGUUAAGGAGGAUGAUGCCGGAAACUAUGCUAAAGCUUUUCAGCUUUACAUGAAUGCAUUAGAGUACUUCCAUACUCAUUUAAAGUAUGAGAAGAAUCAACAAGUUGGAAAAACAAUUAGGCAAAAAUGUAUGGGAUACUUGAAGAGAGCAGAGGAAAUUCGGGCCAUUCUUGAUAAUGUGGGGAGUACACCCACCUCAAAUGGUUCUGCUGUAGGGGCUGCAGAGCCAAAGAGAAAGCCAAAUCUGAAAGAUGGAGAAGGAAAAGACAAGGAGGAUCCAGAGCAAGCAAAGCUUAGGAUAGGACUUGAUUCUGUUAUCAUUAGGGAGAAACCAAAUGUGAGGUGGAAUGAUGUGGCAGGGCUUGAGAGUGCCAAACAGGCAUUGCAAGAGGCUGUGAUCUUGCCUGUGAAAUUCCCACAAUUUUUUACAGGGAAGAGAAAACCAUGGAGGGCCUUUUUAUUAUAUGGUCCACCUGGAACAGGGAAGUCAUACUUAGCAAAGGCUGUUGCAACAGAGGCAGACUCAACUUUCUUCAGUGUUUCUUCCUCAGACCUUGUUUCCAAAUGGAUGGGUGAAAGUGAGAAGCUAGUUUCAAAUCUUUUCCAAAUGGCUCGUGAUAAUGCUCCUUCCAUCAUUUUCAUUGAUGAAAUUGAUUCAUUAUGUGGUAAACGGGGUGAAGGCAAUGAGAGUGAAGCAUCUCGGCGCAUCAAAACAGAACUUUUAGUGCAAAUGCAGGGUAUAGGGAAUGAUGAUCAUAAAGUUCUUGUUCUUGCAGCCACAAAUACACCCUAUGCUCUGGAUCAGGCCAUCAGGAGGCGUUUUGACAAGAGAAUAUACAUUCCGCUCCCAGAUUUGAAGGCAAGGAAACACAUAUUUAAGGUGCAUCUUGGAGAUACUCCGCACAAUUUGACCGAAAGUUAUUUUGAGCACUUGGCUCAGAAAACAGAAAGCUUUUCAGGUUCAGAUAUUUCCAUCUGUGUUAAAGAUGUACUCUUUGAGCCUGUUCGUAAAACCAGAGAUGCUAAAUAUUUCAUGGAGACUUCUGAUGGCAUGUGGUUCCCUUGUGAACCAACUCAACGAGGAGCUGUCAAGAUCACAUUGGAGGAACUUGAUGCACAAGGCCUUGCUUCAAAGAUUCUUCCACCGCCAAUCACAAGAGCAGAUUUUGAUAAAGUGCUGGCAAGGCAGAAGCCAACAGUGAGUAAAGCUGAUCUUGAGGUGCAUGAAAGAUUCACAAAGGAGUUUGGAGAGGAGGGCUGAUUACUUUUAGGAUAAGAAAAGGCCUUCACUAAUCACAUAAACAGAUAAUACAAUGUAUAUUGUUAAGUGUGUGUGUAUGUAUAUAUAACUGCUCAGCCACAUGUAAAAUCUUCAUAUUUUCAAUUAGAUGGGACAACACCAGCAGUUAAUGUUUUC